CUGAGUUUGGCGGGGAUUAGGAAGUAUUCGUUUCUCUGUCACAAGUUUACCUCGUAUGUAGCUAAGGUUUUCCGUCAAUGUUCAAAUGAUAUUUAGUGGACUAUGCUGAACAACCUAUGGAAAAAGUACAUAAUCAAGAUAAAAUGUGAGAAAAAUAUUACUACGGAACAACCUAACACUCCAUCAGUUAUAUAUCUUUGUCGUAUUUGUUCCGGUUUUCGAACAGAUAAUGAAUCUUUAGUUGAAACUCACCUUAUUGAUAGACACCAGAUUCAGAUCAAAAUGUAUUCAGAACUAUGUUCAUGUGAUGACUCAAAUGAUUCCAAUCAUAUUGGUCUGGAGUCAGUAUUAACCACUGAUAAUUCAAACUUCGCUGCUUCCGAUACUAAAGAAGAUCACACUUCAGACAUUUUAAACACUUUGUAUUGCCAAACAUCUUAUGCAUCAAAAUCUCCAACAAAUGUAGAUGAAGCUUCUCCUGUUACCAACGAUCUAAAUUCAGUUGAUUCAAUCAGUCCCCCACAGUCACCAGUUUCUCCUGUUUUAAGAGAAUUGAACAGCACACGUAAGAAGAUUACGAUCACUUUAAACAGCUCACCACCACUACCUACAACGGCACCGAAUGUUCCAGAACUUCAAAAUCCGGAAAAACCUGUGGGUAUAUCCGGUGGGGACGAUGAAUCUACUUCAUCUUUGGUAUAUGGGGCAUUCUUAUCCGCAUCUAAUUCACCCAAAGAUCCAAUAAACUCUUCCUUGAAGCAUAAGUGCCCUGAUUGUAACCGUUGUUUUAGUAGUUAUAAAGCAUUUGAACGUCACACUCUUCGAUCGCAUGCACCAGCUCAUCAGUCUGAUGAAAAACCAGUUGAUUUAGAUGGCCAUUCACCUGAGAAAUAUUCAUCCACCACUGUAAACUAUGAAUUUAUGUGCUCUCAGUGCAAUCGUAGUUUUGCUACCAGUCAGGCAUACAAAAUCCAUGCAAGAGCGCAUAAAUCAAACAAAACGUCCACGCGAUCUAAUGAUACAGUUAAUAGUUAUAGGAAUGAUUUACUUGAUAGUAAUAAUAAUAAUCAUCGUAAAGAAAACAUCAUUGAAUCUCGAUAUCGUACAAUUCUACCUAAACCGUGUAAUAAGCAAUCAUCCAUGCAGUUUUCAUUGCUGGAUCUAAAACCAAAACGUCGAAAUGCUCGUCGUCAGACUAACAGUUUAUUUUCAUCUGAACAAAAUUCAUUAUUGACAAGAAAAGUCAAUAAGAACGAUGGUGGUAAUAAUACUUCUAUUGGACUAUGCAAAUAUUCAUCAAAUUAUACGUCAAACGGGAAUCUGCAUAUUCAUCCAAAUUCAGCCAACAUUGUUCUCCACUCUGCAAAUAAUAAUCCUGAUAACCAAAAUGAUGGUAUGAAUAUAAAUAAUCAUGUAAUUUAUGAUUCUAUGGUCAACACAAGUGAUACAGUUAAUAAGCCACCGCAUUUACUCACUGUUGCAGCAGCUUAUGCCUCCCAGAUUUCUUUCACUACAUGUAACAGUAGUGAUACGUCACAAAAUUUAUCAAAUGAUUCUUCUAUUCCCGGUGUUCAAGUCUACCCUAUUCCAUGGUCGUCUGAUGCACAUAACUCUAGUCUAGUAUCUACUGAUUCCCUCAUAUCUAAUGUUGUAGUUAAUUCAUCAAUAGAAAAUCCAGUUUCUUGUUGUUCAGACAAUCAGCUACAUACAACUAAAGCUAUAACUACAAAUUGUGACUUGUCAUUUAGUCAUGAAUCUUUACCACCGUAUUCUUUUAUUCAACUAUAUCCUGUUAUGAGUUCCGAUGGUGUAUUAUAUUAUAUGACAGGUACACCAGUUGAAUUAACUCAAACAAAUAAUAAUAAUUCCAAUGAAAUAAAUUUUAAUCAUACUAUCAUGUCUACUAAUUGUGAAUCAAAUUACGAAUAUACAACAGAUGAAAUUCGUUCAUCUAAUGAUAACAGAAAUGAGAAUAAAAACAGUGAUCAUAUUCAAAUAAAUUCUUCAGUAUCCCAGAAUUUUUCCACGGCUGAUAUUGAUUCUGCAUUGCUAGCAAACAAUAUAACUUCAUGUGCUUAUAUUGUGAAUAAUAAUAGUACCAGUAAAAGUGAUGAAGGGACUGUAUACUUCUCUUCACAUUAUGAUGGUGUAUCAACAAACUGUCAGCCAGUUUCAGGAUUCCAUGUGAGGGCUUGUCUUGUGACGCAGUUGGGUGCUUUCCUCAGUGUGUGUCCUAUCCACUUCCAGCGCUUCUUCCUGAUUUCUUCCUCCACUGGGAUCUGGUUUGUUCUCUCCCACAGUACGUUGUUGCUAAUAGUGUCCGGCCAAUGGAUCUGAAGUAUUUUGCGUAGACAAUUGUUGAUAAACACCUGUAUUUUCUGGAUGAUGGCUUUUGUAGUUCUCCAGGUUUCUGCCCCAUAUAGUAGAACUGUCUUGACAUUUGUAUUGAAAAUCCUGACCUUGGUGUUGGUUGACAGUUGCUUUGAGUUCCAGAUGUUCCUCAGUUGUAAAUAUGCUGCUCUUGCUUUGCCGAUCCGCGCCCUCACAUCUGCAUCAGAUCCACCCUGUUCAUCAAUGAUGCUGCCCAAAUACGUAAAGGUUUUUACAUCUUCCAAAUCUUCUCCUUCAAGUGUGAUUGGAUUGGUGCAUGCUGUGUUGUAUCGGAGAAUCUUGCUUUUCCCUUUGUGUAUAUUGAGACCUAUUGCUGCUGAGGCUGCUGCCACACUGUUUGUCUUCUCCUGCAUCUGUUGUUGCGUUUGGGAUAGAAGGGCCAGAUCGUCUGCGAAGUCUAGAUCCUCCAACUGCAUCUUAGAUGUCCAUUGUAUCCCGCGCUUUCCUUCAGACGUUGACGUCUUCAUGAUCCAGUCGAUCACCAGGAGAAAGAUUUAAAUGGCAUCAAAGUGUCAAACUUCAGCUAAACGAUAUCAUCCACUGACAACUGUUGUGUGAAAUGAUUUUUCAAUUUUCAGGUUAACGUUUAUCAUCUGUUGUUAGUAAUUGAAGACUAAAGGAAAUCAUUCAAAGUAUUAAAAAAUGACUGAAAAAUCUAUAAAUUGAGUAACUCAUCCACCUGUUAAUAAUGUGGUUAGCUUUAAAUAUUUAAAAUCAUUACAAUUAGAAAUUCUUGUUCAUAGGCAGAGGAAUAAACAAUACUGAGCUUUUUUAGUAUUUAUCCAUACAUAUUGAGAUAUAUCAAAGCCCUCUUUUGUUUACUUUAAACAAUUUUGUAAAUUUCGUUUCAGGUCCACUUUUUAUACUUUUUUCCUACUCAAAAUUUUUCUAUCAUAAAAUAGUUUGUGGUAUUUUUAAAUUCUGAUAAAUGAUUGGAACGAAAUACGGAUUAAAACCAUAACUAGAGUUAUAUUUCUGAUAUGGUAAGAUAAGGUGUAAGCUUACAUCAUUCGCGGAUAGAUCCCAGAUAUUUGAUGUUGAAAGUGAAGAAACGAAACAUCUCAAGAUAUUUCAUACUGUUUCAAGAAAAUCUGUUUGCCAAAGCGAAUUCGGGUUAUCUAGUUUUUUUUUCAAUAUAUGUUCGUUUCUAUCCACCAAUAAUAACUGCAAUAAUAUAUUUGGUAAUUCAUAUUUAUACACGACCUUCCCUGUCUUCUGACUAUUAGUAUGCUGAUUUUACUGUGUCCCAAGGUUGCGUUUUGUUGCUAAGUUCCUAGAGUUUUAAACAGUUCCUUUCGUAUAUUUUGAUAGGAUGAGAAGACGGAGUUGCUCUGAAAAGUGGUGUAUUUGCACCAUACAUUUCGAAAAGUCUGGUCACACAUGUAUUUGUUAAGGGAUUUUACAUGAAAAUUAAUAAAGGUCAUCAAAAUAGCUUUUGAAGCACUUUAUAGGCGUCGUCAAGGACGAAUUCUUAAGUUUAUAGAAACUAACUAUUCUCAAGUUCAAACCUUUAUGUUUAGAGACAACCUUGAAUCUAGCCUGAUAAUCCUUAAG